GUGUGUCUCUUACGACCAUGUCGACCCGCACGCUCCGCAGACCAAGGCAGAGCUCCUCCGUGCAACAUGACAACACCGAAAAAGAAAAUACAGGACGGCCUAAUGGAGUGAAUGCAGAGCAUAGGCCGAAAGCCAAGACAGGAGGCAAGGCCCGCAAAGGGUGCUGCUCCUGCGGGCAACCAGAUGACGGAUCGCCAAUGAUCCUAUGCUCUGAGUGCAAAGAACUGUAUGUAGCUGCCUCUCCAUAUGGCUGCUAUCGGGGGAUGUUGACCAUAGGAUUAGGUAUCAUUUCAAAUGUGUGGAUCUGGACGAGAGGGAUGCCGAAGAUAUACGUGAGUUUUCGUUAUCUCUGCGCCAUGAGACUAUGCUCAAUUCUUGUCGUUUUUCUAACCAGAGCUAUUCGUCUGUCCGUCAUGUUAUCAGAAGACAGGCCUACGAACAGUCAGUGAGUAUCAAGCUUCGUCUUUUCACGCCUCUUUUCUUCAAACUGUAGGGUGUUUGUGGCUGCCAUUCCCCGUUCCCGUCAUGUAUUUCACGCAAUAUCAUGUAGUAACAACGUGCGAUACCUCCUGUGUUCUUGUGCACCCCAUAGUAGACCAGCUGAGCACUAGUCAUCGUCGUC